AUGAUUGCUGAUGGCGCAAUCAAGCCUGUCAGACCCUACAAAAUUCAUACCCGAGAGGAAAAGAAUGAUCCUAUGUACUGUCGUUAUCAUCAAUUUGUGGGGCAUCCAACUACUGCUUGUCGGAGUCUGUGGAGGAUUUUACAUGCCAAGAUACAUGAGGGAGUCCUUGAACUUCCCUCUAGGAAGCAAACAAUUGAUGAAGAUCCAUUGCCAAAACAAAGGGGAAAGGAGGUAGUUGCUGUCAUUACAUGUUCCGAUGAUUUGCUCGGUGAUGAUGAAUUGUGCCACCCCUGGAGGAAUGACCCAAAGCCGCCGGAAGCUAUGUGGGAACCUUGCGGGAACAUGGAGAAGGCAUAUUGGUGUAAAUAUUCAAGGCCUUCAAGUUACAGCACACCAUGGCCGCUCGCUGAUGGAUGGGGUAACAACUCAAGCAUCGAAGUUUUCUUAGACAUGCCGGAAGAAUGCUACUCGGGGGCUUCAUCGGGGUAG